CAGAAAGUCACCCUCUUGGGAGCAUUUCGUCCCCGAGGGUUUCCUCGAAAGAAGCACAGGGCUCAGUGCCUGACCGAGGAAAUCUCUCCGUUUAGCCCCGAAGCUACCUGCAGAAAAAGAUGCCUGCCUUCGACAGAUCGUGUGUCCUGGCUUCCCUCUUGCUCAUCUACGGGGUCAGCGUCUGCUUCCCUGUGUGUGUGGAAGUGCCCUCGGAGACGGAGGCUGUCCAAGGCAACCCCAUGAAGCUGCGCUGCAUCUCCUGCAUGAAGAGGGAGGAGGUGGAGGCCAGCACCGUGGUGGAAUGGUUCUAUAGGCCCGAGGGCGGUAAAGAUUUCCUUAUCUACGAAUACCGAAACGGCCACCAAGAGGUGGAGAGCCCCUUCCAGGGGCGCCUGCAGUGGAACGGGAGUAAGGACCUGCAGGAUGUGUCCAUCACUGUGCUCAACGUCACGCUCAAUGACUCCGGCCUCUACACCUGUAACGUGUCCCGGGAGUUUGAGUUUGAGGCGCACCGGCCCUUUGUGAAGACCACGCGGCUGAUCCCUCUCCGCGUCACGGAGGAGGCCGGUGAGGACUUCACCUCUGUGGUCUCAGAGAUCAUGAUGUACAUCCUACUGGUCUUCCUCACCCUGUGGUUGCUCAUAGAGAUGGUUUAUUGCUACAGAAAGGUCUCAAAGGCCGAAGAAGCAGCGCAAGAAAACGCGUCUGACUAUCUUGCCAUCCCUUCAGAGAACAAGGAGAAUGCUGCGGUCCCAGUGGAGGAGUAGAAAAGAAGCAGUUACAACAUGAGGUGGCGUGAAAACUGAGAGACUGGAUCUCCCAAGUUCAGUGAUGUCAACAGCAUCAGGAGGGUGCGGGCCCCAUCACUUCCCUUCCUGUAUCCAUCCUCCACUUCAUCCACACAUCUACCUACCCCAAGCUUUCACCUCUGACCUCCCAACUCUGUCAGAUCUCUACGCACCCUAAGAUUUGGCCAGAACUGAGGAACCAACAUUUCUACACAGACUCAACUUCUCCCUGUUCUAGCUUUCAAGCAAGAAGCUCUUCUGCCAGCUGGAUUUCUGCCUUGAGCUCCAAAUGACUAGAGGUAUCACCUGUCUCUGGCCCUCACUGGCUGGAAUGCUCAUUCUCCAUUGCUGCGAGAAGAUGGAUGUCUAAAUAGAAGGAAAUGGGAAUGAUGAGUUUGGAUUAAAGCAAAACCAUGUCAUACACUUGGAUUUCUUGACAUCAGUGUUUCCAAGUUCCUGGCCCACUGGGCCAGAGUACCAGAACAAAGCAUCUCUGUUCAGGUUCCCUAAAUCCUUAUGCACGGACUAACAUGUUCUCUGCAGCUUAGUUUCCUAAGGCUGCGCCCUGCUGCAUCUCUGAGACCUGGGUUAGACUCAGUCCUUCCAAGAAGACAAAGACAGGAGCCUGAGAAGGAUCGAAGGCAUUCAAAGUGGCUCCUAAAAGCCACACAACACGUUCCUGGUCCUAUUGAGAUCACGUGUCUGUGCCCUCCUGCAGGAGACAC